AUGAGACUCCCCUCGAAAAAAGUGUCCGAAACCAUGAAGCUGCAUCAGGUAUAUAAAGCUGUGAUCCUGCAUCGCGCCCUAUGGGCUGGCUGGAUAAUGAGCGGGUUUGUCGUUAUCGCUCUGAUGGCAGACGGCACUAUUCAGCUUUUCGCGCCCGCACACAUCGCGAGCAUGUUGCAGGAAACCGGGUUCUCAAUGGAUCUGACCCAUGUUGUGGGUCCGAUCAUCCUUGGCUGCGCCAUCCUUUAUGUCAUUCCGGUCACCGCUGUCCUCGGCGCGAUCCUGGUGACGGGCUUUUUGGGAGGCGCGAUCUGUGCUCACGUCCGCAUCGGUGAAUUGGGAUCGCCACCGGAAAUUAUUUCUCUGCUUCUGGGAGCGAUGACUUGGGGUGGUCUCUAUCUGCGUGUUGCCCAAAUCCGAGCCAUUUUACCGCUCAUCCGU